AAAUUAUACAAAAAAAAAAAAAAAAAAUUCCAGGUAAGAGAUUAAGUAUGAUUGAAUAUAAAAAAGAGGGAUCUUCUUCACUCACUCUCACUCACUGCCAUCUAUUUGCCACUUUGAAAUUAUUUGUUUAUUACCAUUAAUGCUGCCAAGAACACCUCUGGCAGCAUCUGUGGGUGACUCAAGACAUCUUGUGAUAUCUGUCUCUCUCUUCUCUUAUACAAUUGAGUCCUCCCCAACUCAACUCCAUUCAUUCUCAUCUGUCUUGUAUGUUUUCUAAUUCAUCUUGGUCUAUAUUAGGCCAAACACACCCAUUAACAAAGUUUUAUUCGAGUUGAUCCAGUUUUUCUAGCCAUGCAAGACCACCCAAUUGGAAUUCCUGCUUGCUUCACUUCUGGUGAGAAGUUAACUGAUGACCCUGCCACUAUAACCAGAUCAGGACAGAGUGUGUUCAUGUCCGUUUAUCGUACAAAGAUUGCGGAUCAGUGCCGUCUGAUUACUAUAACAUGGUGCAAGAAUCUAUUGCUCCAUGGCCUAUCAGUAUCAGUAGAAGGUCCUGAAGGAGAUGGUCAGUACACUUGCAAAGUGGAGCUGAAACCUUGGUAUUUUUGGAGGAAACAAGGCUCCAAGCGGUUUAUAGUAGAUGGCAAAGCUGUCGAUAUCUUUUGGGACCUCAAGGCUGCAAAAUUUAAUGGUGAAACUGAACCCAUCUCUGAGUAUUAUGUAGCUGUUGUCUGCAAUGAAGAGGUUGUGCUACUCCUUGGUGAUCUAAAGAAAGAUGCAUAUAGGAAAACUGGGUGUAGACCUGCUUUGAUUGAUCCCAUUUUGGUUUCAAGAAAAGAGCACAUAUUUGGCAAAAAGAAGUUCUGUACAAGAGUCAAGUUUCAUGGCAAAGGCAGGCUACAUGAGAUCUCAAUUGAGUGCAAGAACAGAAGUGAUCCCAGUAAUGGUAAUUCUGUUAGUAAUGGAGUUGAGCCAGAAUUGGAGAUAAGAAUUGAUGGGCACUUAGCAAUUCAUGUCAAGCAUCUUCAUUGGAAGUUUAGAGGUAACCAGUCAUUUAAUCUUAAUAAACUAAGAGUAGAAGUAUACUGGGAUGUACAUGACUGGCUAUUUAGUCCUGGAUUAAGGCAUGCUUUGUUUAUCUUUAAACCAAUAUUGCCACCCGUAUCUCUUUCAUCACUAUCAACAUCAUCAGCUUCAUCACCACCGUUAUCGUCCUUGACAUCGACACCAUUGUCUUCUCAGACAGGAAGUACUGGUUCAACAGAAGGAAUUAAUGCUGGUGGGUCAUCCGAUUUUUGCUUGUUUUUGUAUGCUUGGAAAGUUGAAUGAGAAGAAGGAAUAAGAAGGGUACUAUAGCAGCCAAGUUAUAAUCGCCAACAUCCAAAACAGAGAAUAAGGUUUUGUAAAAGGAAAUAUGAGGUGUUGAUGUUAUGGGCCAGAUUAUGGGGUGGUGAGGAUACAGAUUGAGGAUGAGAGAGGGACAGAUGAUUGAGGUGAUGGAAAAAGGAAGUAGGACCCAAAAGAGAGGUUGAGAGUUAGUUACAGCUGGGGCUGAACAAGUGGGCAUAACUGGACAAGACAGAUUGCUAUCACAUUGGAUGACCAAUAAUUUCACAUCUAGAGGCAUCUCUUCAGCUCCAUCUAUUUUCUUUUCUUUCUUUCUUUCUUUUCUUUACAGAAUUCUCUUUUCUCUUUCUUGAUCUGGUCUUGAAAUAUGAGCAAUUUUCUUUUUAACAUUGUAUCUAGCUACCAGUAUAUGUAUGCUUCCUAUAUUUUUAUAUACAGAAAAAUCUUUGAUGACAA